GGAGCUGGAGGAGAUGCAGAAUGACUCGGCGGCGAUUGACCGGCUGGCCCUGGAGUCCUGUGAGGUAGAGGGAGGCCAUUAUGGGGCCCAACAAGGCCAGCAGAUGGGACUUUUUAAGAGGCCAUCUGAAAGAAUGCUGCUUGUUAGGAGCUCUGGCCAAAUUCAUCUCCCUAUUCUGUGGACAUCACCCUGGUUUGGACCCAGCCAGAGGAGCCCCUGAGGUUUCAGGCCAGUUCCUGGGUCCUCUGGGAGUUCUCAGCAGUGCUAGGGAGCCCAGGCCCCCGCGUGGACUCGGACUCCGGGGACCCAGGUGCCCCAGGAGUUCUACACUGUCGUUCCAGCCGGAAUCUGAGGCAGCUCCUCAAAGCACUGGUCCAGGACCUGCAGCUGGCACGGGAGAUGGCACUGGCCACCAACCGGAGCCUGGCUGAGCGGAACUUGCAGUUCCAGAGUCCCCUGGAGGUCUCCCGCUCAGUGCUCUCUGACAAAUACCAGGAGCUCUGGAAGCUUGUGGAGCGGUGCCAGGAGCAGAAGGCGAAGCUAGAGAAAUUUUCUUCAGCUCUGCAGCCAGGGACCCUGUUAGACCUUCUGCAGAUUGAAGGCAUGAAGAUCGAAGAAGAGUCUGAGGCCAUGGCUGAGAAGUUCCUGGAAGGUGAGGUGCCCUUGGAAACGUUUCUGGAGAACUUUUCCUCCAUGAGGAUGCUGUCCCACCUGCGCCGGGUUCGUGUCGAAAAGCUCCAGGAAGUGGUGAGGAAGCCCAGGGCUUCCCAGGAGCUGGCCGGCAAUGCCCCUCCACCCCGCCCGCCACCCCCGCCUCGCCCAGCACCCCAGGCAACGCCCCCUGUGGCUGAAGAGCAGCCGCCACCGCCACCGCCACCACCAUCAGCCGUGCCUCCCUACCCUUUGCCCUACAGCCCGUCCCCCAGCAUGCCCGUGGGCCCCACCGCCCAAGGAGCCCUGCCCCCAGCCCCUUUCCCCGUGGUGUCCCAGCCCUCAUUCUACGGUGGACCCCUGGGCCCCACUUACCCGGCAGCCCAGUCAGGACCCAGGGCUGCUGCGGGCUACUCCUGGUCCCCACAGAGGAGCACGCCAUCCCGGGCGGGCUAUCCCGGGACCCCACCUGGUGCCCCCGGCCCUGGGUACCCCUUGUCGGGAGGCAAGGCCCCCAGUCCUGGUUACCCUCAGCAGUCCCCGUACCUCCCGGCAGGAGGAAAACCUCCCUACCCAAUGCAGCCCCAGCUCCCCAGCUUCCCCGGACAGCCCCAGCCCUCAGUGCCCACUCAGCCCCCGUAUCCUCCCGGGCCUGCCCCUCCCUAUGGGUUUCCACCACCUCCAGGGCCCGCCUGGCCUGGGUAUUAGACACGCUCCUGGCCCUCGGCCCCUCCCUCCUCCCACCUGUACUGCAGCCUUUGGCCCACCCGUCACCGAGACUCAAGGGGAAACUAGAAGUGGCGCUGGCACUCCCUGUGGACUUGUGUCGACACACAGGCCUUGGAGGGACCCAGCUGGGAGCAUGUAGACCCCCAAAAGGCACUGGGCAGUAUGACCAGGUGGACUGAGGCAGAUGGUCACAGCACUUGCUGGUCUUCCGGCCAGAGGUCCUCCUGGGCACGCCUCCUUUCCGCGAUUGGCUGUAGCAUUUCUGGUGCUAGCCAGGCUGGCAGUCCAGUGCCUCUCGCGGCGUCUGUGUGAGUGAGCGUAUGCACGUGUCUGUGAGCAUCUGCCUGUGGCUGCACUCAAGGCCGUCUGAACCCCGUGCAGAGUUACCUUGGUGAUGAGACGGCCCCAGGUUUCUGGCCCUGCUCACCUCCUCCCUCUCCCCUGGGAUUUGGCAUAUUUGACGUGGGGCCCAUGCCAAGGGAUGCAGCUCUGUGUGUCUGCCUAGCCCUUCAAGGCUGGUCUGCCCCAUGCACCAUGGCAAGGAUCGGAUUGGAGGGAGAGAACAGGGUUAGGAAGAACAAUGAUUUUUGAGCCCUAUAAAGCCAUAAUUUCACUCCAAUAGCUGAUGUUAGACAAGCUCGUCCUGGGUGCUGUUUGAACGGCAG